UCAGUAUUUUAUAAGUUUGGCUUACGUAUAAUCUGGACUCAAAAAGUCUCUAAAUUUGUCUGUAGAUUUGAUUGGUUGGUUCAAUUUGAUUUGGAGUUUUGGUGUGCUUAUGAGUUAAUAGCCACUAAUUAUUGUAUAAUAGUAAAUACCCAUUUGAUGUUUUUAAUUGUAUGUUGUAAUUAGGAUAUGGGUUGAUUAAAUUUCAAGUUUUUUAAUGCUAAUUUGUUGGGUAUGUCAAUGGCUUACAGGAAUAUGUAUGAGUAGGACUAUAUAAGGUUGGUUGUUUCAUAUGAAAAUGACAAUUUGAUUUUCAUUGAAAGUAGAAAAUGAUUUAUUGAAUUUUCAAUUAUAUCGUGCUAGACUGUUUUUGUAUAAGAAAAUACAGAUGUGGGAGGAGGACCAUUUAGUUUAUUCCUUUAUUGCAAGUUGAGGUUGUGGAUGUGUAUGUCAAUAUGUCCAUGCUUUUUCCGUCUUUUAUAUUUGGUCUUUAACAUGAAUCUUCUUUGUGUUUGGCGUCAGAAACCAGCCUAUCUUUGGAGCUGUUUUCUUCUUUUUUUUUUUUUUUUCUAAUUUUUUAAUAGGUUCUAAUCUAUGCCUCUUAUUUAAAUACUAAUCUCCUAGGAAGGAGACAGUCCAAUGACUCUGCCUGUAACUGAAGGACUUGUACUUUGAAUAACUUCUGUAUAAUUGCUGAUAGAACCUCCAUUUUUGCCUUGAUUUUAAGGCAAUGAGGGCAAAGAGAGGAAAGCGCUCUGAGGCCUUUUGGCCUUCCCUUGUCAUGAAGAAAUGGUUGAACAUAAAACCUAAGGUGUAUGAUUUUAGUGAAGAUGAGUACACUGAAACUGAGAGUGAAGAUGAUGCUUGCUCUCUUAAAGAUGAACGAGUUAAUGUUAGCGAGGACCCUGCUUAUAUUACACAAGGGAACCAAUCUUCAUUCCCGAGUCAAAUCUCAGAUGCAGUCUCUAAGGGCUAUUCAGUGAGACACAGGCGAGGAAAAUCUGAAACUCUCCGUGCCCAGUAUAUAAAUACUAAGGAUGUGAGGGUGAUGAUAGGCACAUGGAAUGUUGCUGGAAGACAUCCAUAUGAGGAUCUUGAGAUAGAUGAUUGGCUUUGCACAGAAGAACCAGCAGAUAUAUAUAUCAUUGGUUUCCAGGAGGUAGUACCUUUGAAUGCUGGAAAUGUACUGGGAGCAGAAAGUAACAGGCCAAUUCCGAAAUGGGAGUCAAUCAUUAGAAGAACUCUCAACAAAUCUGCACAACCUGAAACCAAACACAAAUGUUACAGUGCUCCACCCUCUCCGGUACUAAGGACUUCUUCUGUUGCUGAUGAACUUGCAGAUGAGGUUGAUGGUCUGCCAUUGGAAAUGAUGAGUAAGGAAUAUGCAGAAACUGCUGAUGGUUUUGAUUUUGAAAGAAUUGAAAAUAGUAAAGUAUUCGACAUUCGAAAAAAUUUGCAUUUGAAGAGAAUAUAUGGAAUUGACUGUGAUGGUAGAUUAGACUGGCCUGAACAUCCAUUAGAUGCAACCCCACAAGUAAUCUCUUCCAAUUCCAGGCUGCGAAGGGUAUUCAGCAGUUCUGCAAGGAUGGGCUUUAAUUGGUCUGAGGAUCCUUCAGUAUUUAGUCCUCAUAAUUUUGCAAUAAACGUCAAUGGACUAAGAAGAUCUCACCACAGUUAUGGGAACCUAGGAUCAAUGUGGGUAGAGCAGCAAGGAAAGCCUGAAGUUCCUAAAGUUCCUGAAGUUCUUGAAGUUCCUGAGGUUCUUAAUUCUUUCUCUGAUCCAUUUGAUGAGUCAUCUGAAGAGGAAGAUGAUGACAUUUUCCCAGAAGUACCAACGGAAGAAAAUAAUAAUGGAUUCAUUAAGGACAAUGGAAUAUCACGUCCCAAGUAUGUACGUAUUGUUAGCAAGCAAAUGGUUGGGAUAUAUGUAUCAAUUUGGGUGCGAAAGAGGUUAAGGAGACAUAUAAACAAUUUGAAGGUCUCUCCAGUUGGAGUUGGUCUAAUGGGCUACAUGGGAAACAAGGGUUCUGUUUCUGUUAGCAUGUCUCUUUUCCAGUCAAGGCUGUGCUUUGUUUGUUCUCAUCUGACCUCAGGUCAAAAAGAUGGGGCUGAACAAAGGCGAAAUGCUGAUGUCUAUGAAAUCAUAAGGCGUACCCGUUUUUCAUCUGUCUUUGACACAGAUCAACCACAGACAAUACCAUCUCAUGAUCAGAUAUUCUGGUUUGGAGAUUUGAAUUAUCGUCUCAAUAUGUUGGACACAGAUAUAAGGAAACUUGUUGCUCUGAAGCAAUGGGAUGAACUCAUCAACAAUGAUCAGCUAAGCAAAGAGCUUCGCAAUGGGCAUGUAUUUGAGGGAUGGAAAGAGGGAGUGAUAAACUUUCCCCCCACUUACAAGUAUGAGAUAAACACUGACAGAUAUGUUGGGGAGAACCCAAAAGAAGGGGAGAAGAAAAGAUCUCCAGCAUGGUGUGAUCGAAUACUUUGGUUAGGAAGAGGUAUAAAACAACUUUCUUACAAUCGGACAGAGAUAAUGCUGUCAGAUCAUCGGCCAGUUAGUUCUAUGUUUUUGGUUGAGGUUGAAGUCCUCGAUAGUCGGAAGUUGCAAAAGGCACUCAAUGUCAAUAGUUCAGCAGUACAUCCUGUAAAUUUCCUAGUCGAAGGGGAAUGAUAACGUAUCAGAUAUAUGGGAAUUGCAGAUCACUUACACAGAUAGAAGUAAUCUUAUUUAAUCAAAUACCCCUUGACAUGCUGUUCGGAAACACCUGCGACAAGAGACCAGCGUUCAAGAAACAUUCAGAAGCUUGCUUUCAAUCUUGCACUUUUGAGAUGCAAGCAGGAAUAGGAAAUUACUUGUAAAAUAUUGAGUUAUUUUACACCCUUUUCUUUUUCUGGUUUUUGUUGAUAUUACUUCAAUUAUAUAUAGAAGUGUGUGGGUUUUGCUAGUCACCAAUGAAUGUACAUAGACAGGAUUAGAUUCCAUAUUUUGGACUUUGAACUUAAUUUUUGAGCCAAAUAAAUGAAAGAGGGCUUCAAAAGAUAAGA